AUGGAUCGGAGAGCAGUAGAAGCACCAAAACCCUCGAAAGCUAAAACCCAAACUCGUGAACUAGAACACCGGAGGGAGCGACCAGCCAAACAGAGCUCUGUGGUGAAUCGGCAGAACCGCUCCGUCGCUCUAUUGAGCCGGACCACGAGAGAUCGGCCGACCGGUCCGCCGCGACUGCACAAAACAAACGAUAGAGCCCAGAGGCGAAGCCAAAGCAAAAGCCAAAUAAACAACCUCCACGAGCAGAGCGACGGAGGAGAAGAGAGGGAGAAAGAAGGAAGAAAGAAAGGAGAGACCGGCGACUGUGCUUUGGAAGCCACCGGCCACCGAUCUCCAGAUCUGAAAAAAGGGAAGCGGCGCUAG